AUGGUGAAGAUCGUUGAGACCGUUGAUCUAUCUCACACACCCAACGCUUACUAUGCGCCGGCGACAAUUGCUCCCGUUGGAAAGCUCAUCCAUGUUUCUGGCCUCCCUGGCAGUACAAAGGACGGUACCACACCGAGCGACUACGAGUCACAAGUCCAUCUCGCGCUUCUGAACCUGCGAAAAGUUAUCAUUGCGGCAGGCUCUUCGGUUCAGAAUGUCGUCAAGCUGAACCUUCUGAUCGUCAACUACGAUGCCGCCAACCGCAAGCACACCCGCCAUCUUCAUCGUUUCCUAGGAGGCCACAGACCUGCAAUUACUCUCAUACCCGUGCCUAAGCUCGCUGUUCCGUCGUGGCUGUUUGAGAUCGAUGCGGUCAUUGCCGUCCCAGAACCGUGUCUGCCUCCAUCCCUGCCUGCCGCUCGCGAAACUGUCGAUGUUGUCAUUAUUGGCGCAGGACUUGCUGGUCUAUCUGCAGCUCAUGAUGUGCUGCGGGCGGGCCUCUCCUGCAUCGUAUUGGAAGCACGCGAUCGUGUGGGAGGCAAGACAUGGAGCAUCCCACUGAAAGACGGCAAGGGCAUGGUCGAUCUCGGUGCUGCGUGGAUCAACGAUACCAACCAGAGCAAGGUCUACGCCCUGGCCAAGCGAUAUGGUGCGGAGGUCAUUGAGCAGAACACUCAGGGGAAUGCGGUCCUCGAGGACGUCAACGGCCACUGCUCUCCUUUCGCGUACGGGGAACUCCCUUCCUUCGACAGUGCGACUCGCGAGAAUGUCGCCUAUAUCCGGGAUAUGUGCGAGGCUGAUUGCCAGGCCCUCGAUACCUGGAAGCCCAAGGACACAACGCUUGACUCCCUUACCUUCGAAGCCUAUCUGCGAUCGCGCGGCGCCAGUGAUGCGGCCCUGGUCACUGCCACCGUAUGGACACGUGCCAUGCUCGGUCAAGAUCCCAACGACAUCUCGGCGCUUUAUUUCCUGAACUACUGCAAAUCAGGCGGUGGUCUAUUACAAAUGCGCUCCGACCGCAAGGACGGCGGGCAGUAUCUGCGCAUUCGACAGGGCACACAAGUUUUUGCCCUGGGCCUCGCUUCCUCACUCCCCGAAGGUGUCGUCCGUCUGUCGAGCCCUGUCCAGAGCGUGGUGCAGAACGGCGGUGCCUCGAUCAGUGUCCAAGCCGGUGGCCUUGUUUACUCUGGCCGCAAGGCCAUCACGACCGUUUCCACUCCUGCCCUGAAGAACAUUACCUUCUACCCCAGACUGCCCCCUGUCAAGCAGACAUGGAUUGAAUCGACCACCUACGGCUACUAUACGAAGGCGAUGAUGGAAUUCCGCUCCCGUUCUGGGGAGCGUGAGAUCCGCCUCUUGGAGCAGCUGGGCAAGCUCUUUGGCGUGAAGAACCUCGACGACGAAUUCGUACAGAUGACGAUGUAUGAGUGGAGCGAAGACGAGUUCUCCGGCUGGGGUUGCCCGUGUACCUCGCUUACGCCUGGUGUACUCGACACUCUGGGCAGUGACAGUUUGCAGGAACUUUGGGGAAACCUGCAUUUUGCGGGCACAGAAACUGCAGGGGAGUGGAAGGGGUACAUGGAGGGGGCUAUCCGCAGUGGUGAGCGGGCUGCUGCGGAGGUGGUGAAAGCUUUGAAUGCGGGAUUCGUGGCUCAAUUGUAG